CAGUCAACUUGUGAUAAGCUAACAGCUGGCGUCUCAUUAAAAAAACUAUAAAUUCUCAUCAAACCCUGUUGAAAAUUCAUUCCGAUUUGACCGAAGCUGAAUUUCGACUACUGAACUCAAUCGCAGCACCUUGCCUGACAAAUAGUAAAAAUGGCCGGCCGAGUAUCAUCCGUGUUCCUCCUCAUUGGAGCCUUGUUUUUGGCUGUCUCCGUACAAGAGAUCUAUGGAGGAGAAGCAGGAGGUUUGACUGACCCCAUGACAGCCACUCCGAAGAUCCAGAGAUACAUUGACAUGGUGAGACCUGACGUGGAGAGUGAUGUCAACAGGGUACUCCAAGGGUACAAAGCACUGAUCUACAGAACACAGCUGGUCAACGGAAUCAACUAUUUCAUCAAGGUUCGAGAUGGUGACACAUACAUCCACCUUCGUCUUUACAAGUCAUUCGGUGGAGCAGUUAGAUUCGUUAGCGCUAAGGAUGGAAUGAGUUACGACGACGAACUCGCUUACUUUUAGAAUAACCACUGGGGACAUUUGAGUCCAAUAUACUUUGAGGGAAAUGUAAUUUCAAUUCUCUGGUUCACUGAGUUUGAAUGGAAACUUGUUGGUGACUCUUGAAUCUACUGAAGUUGUCAUUUAUGUUCAGAAACCGUUGUGAGUGUAUUUCAGAAGCUUUAUCAAACCUAAUUAUCCCCAUGAUACAUUGUAAUAUCUACAUACAUUACAUGUAACAGUUACCAAUAAAACAACAAAACAGUGAAAGGGUUACAAAACACAAUGCCACAAUAACUUUCAGUAUGAAUUAUAACGAAAAAGAAAAGCAAUGAGCCCUAUGUUGGUCAAUUUAGUCGACGGAACUAGUCUCAACAUUGAAAAGCUGUUACCUUUAACAAGAGUUCGGUAGUUAUAGUAGUUGCUAAAAAUAAAAGGUGAACAAUGAAACCCGUAUAGACGA